AUGAAGUCCUUUGCUCUCACAUCCGCCCUUCUGGCGGCCGCCGUCUCGGCCAACCCUACUCCCACCGAGCAGGAGCCACCAAGCAAGCGGGCGAGCCUGCCCACUGUCACGGCCUCAGGCAAUGCUUUCUGGGCCGGAAAGGACCGGUUCUAUGUCCGUGGCAUCGACUACCAGCCUGGUGGAUCGUCCAACCUGGCUGACCCGCUGGCCGAUACCGCCACCUGCAAGCGUGACAUCGCCGAGUUCAAGAAGCUGGGAAUCAACACAGUCCGUGUUUACACCGUCGACAACUCUGCCAGCCACGACGACUGCAUGAGCCAGCUGUCUGAUGCUGGCAUCUACCUGAUUCUCGACGUCAACAACCCACUCUACUCCAUCAACCGCAACAGCCCCGGCGAGUCCUACAACGACGUCUAUCUGCAGAGUGUCUUUGCCACCGUGGACCAGUUCGUCAAGUAUGACAACACCCUGGCUUUCUUCUCUGGAAACGAGGUUGUCAACGACCAGGCCAACACUACAUUGGCUGCCCCCUACGUCAAGGCUACCACCCGUGACAUGCGCCAGUACAUCAGGAACCGUGGCUACAGGGCGGUUCCUGUCGGAUACUCCGCAGCAGAUGUCUCUCAGAAUCGUUUCCAGCUUGCUCAGUACUUCAACUGCGGUACAGACGAUGAGCGCAGCGAUUUCUUUGCCUUCAACGACUACUCGUGGUGCGACAGCAGCUUCACGCAGUCCGGCUGGGACCAGAAGGUUAAGAACUUCACCGGCUACGGUCUUCCUUUGUUCCUCUCCGAAUACGGCUGCAUCACCAACGGACGUAGCUUCGGCGAGGUCGAGGCUCUGAUGAACAGCGAGAUGACAGCCGUCUACUCUGGAGGCCUGGUGUACGAGUACUCCGACGAGGGUAACGGGUACGGUAUCGUCUCUAUCAGCGGUGACAGCGUGUCGGAGAAGAGCGACUUUGCCGCCUACGCUACUGCUCUGUCCAAGAACCCCGCUCCUACCGGCGACGGUGGCUUCGCCUCAACAACCAACUCCCAGGCCUGCCCAUCCGCUGACUCUGACUGGCUCGUGAGCAACACACUGCUGCCCGCCAUUCCCACGGGCGCAUCUAAGUACAUGACCUCGGGCGCCGGUGAUGGCCCCGGCCUGAAGGGCGAUGGUUCUCAGAACGCUGGCGGCACGUCGACCGGAGAUGCCGAGCCUGGCUCUGGUUCUGCCACCGGGUCUGCCGCCACUGGCUCCUCCAGCGGAAACGCAGGCGCUGGCGGCCCUGGCCCUCUGGACAUGGGCGCCUUCAUGGUCACUGGCGUUGUUUUCUUCUUCAGUCUUGUUGGUACCAUGCUUCUGUAA